UGUUUAUGACAGCCGUAGACGGAAGUUACCUUUUCUGUCAUAGAUUGUCUAUGCUAAUAAAUUCUUUUCCGUCGUUCUUCGUUUACUGAAUCGGAGGUUAGAAACAUGACUCGCAAACGCCGCAAUGGAGGACGUGCCAAGCAUGGCCGUGGCCACGUUAAAGCCGUGAGAUGCACAAACUGCGCUCGGUGCGUGCCAAAGGAUAAGGCUAUCAAGAAAUUCGUUAUUCGUAAUAUUGUAGAAGCGGCCGCAGUCAGAGACAUAAACGAAGCUUCCGUGUAUGCCUCAUUCCAGCUGCCCAAGUUAUAUGCUAAGCUUCACUACUGCGUGUCAUGCGCUAUCCACAGCAAGGUUGUCCGUAACAGGUCCAAGAAGGACAGACGCAUCCGGACGCCACCCAAGAGCACAUUCCCGAGGGACAUGGCUCGUCCCCAGAAUGUGCAAAGGAAGUAAAUUUUAAAAUAAAAUUUAAAAAUCCAA